CCACCCACGCUGAUCACAGAUCAACUCGCGUUCAAGCUAUACCUGCCAACAAUGGGCACCAUGGAGAGGCGCUUGAAGAAUAAGGUCAUCGAAUCCGUCCCAGUGAAGCCUCCCUCGUAUUCGGACCCAGGUUUCUCAUCCUCCAAUGAAGACAUUUCAGAAUACCAGAAUGGAAGCAGAAAGCGAAGAAAGCUCUCUCCUUCUCCUAAAGAAGUUUCUGGAUUAGAUGUAACUUCGAAUAACCAAGUCCCAAUUCUUUCGAGAAUCAAGACAAAGAAGGCCGGACUAGUACCAGGCCAAACCGGUCAAUUGGAUCCUGAAUCAACAGCGUUGAGUGGAAAAGAGAAGAUAUCUUUUGCGUCGAUCAAUGUCGCUCCUUGGCUAGUUGCAUCGCUUUCUGCCAUGGAGAUUAAACGGCCGACAGGGAUUCAGAAGGCGUGUAUCCCGGAGAUCUUGAAAGGGAGGGACUGCAUUGGUGGAUCGCGAACAGGUACUGGUAAAACAGUAGCCUUUGCAGCUCCUAUCCUUCAAAAGUGGGCUGAAGAUCCUGUGGGGAUAUUUGCUGUUGUUAUCACACCGACGAGAGAACUUGCGAUCCAAAUUUUCGAGCAAAUCAAGGCCAUAUCAGCACCACAGUCCCUCAAACCGGUCCUAAUAACUGGAGGGGGCGACCAGCGAGAACAAGCUAUUAAUCUUGCAUCACGGCCGCAUAUUGUAAUUGCAACCCCUGGCCGUCUUGCUGAGCACAUCAAGGCUUCCGGUGAAGACACCAUCUGCGGAUUGCGUAGGGUCAGGUUUGUGGUGUUUGAUGAAGCAGACCGACUUCUCGCACCCGGACGAGGAAGUAUGCUGCCAGAUUUGGAAACCUGCCUCUCGGUUCUACCUUCCGCUACUGAACGACAAACAUUAUUGUUCACGGCAACAGUCACGUCGGAAGUGCUUGCUUUGAAAGAGCAGCCGCGUCCUGGUCGCCCACCCAUCUUCAUUUGCGAAGUAGAUACGGAGACUUUAGCCAUCCCACCAAAACUACAACAGAAGUAUCUGCAAAUCCCAGUAACACACAAAGAACACUAUCUCCACGUUCUUCUAGGCACCCCAGAGAAUAUUAGCAAAUCCGUAAUAAUCUUCUGCAACCGCACCGACACAGCGAAUCUCCUAGAAUAUACGCUCCGUCUACUUUUGCACCGCGUCACUGCUCUACACUCCCGCCUCCCCCAGUCACAACGUGUCGCCAAUCUUGCCCGAUUCCGUGCACAAGCCGCCAGGAUCCUCGUCGCUACCGACGUCGCAGCCCGUGGUCUCGAUAUCCCUGAAGUCGCCCUCAUUAUUAACUACGAUGUACCACGGGAUCCAGAUGACUAUAUUCACCGAGUUGGACGAACGGCAAGAGCCGGGAGAGCGGGUCAGAGUGUGACGUUCAUUGGGCAAAGGGACGUAGAGCUGAUAUUGGCCAUUGAAGAAAGAGUAGGAAAGAAGAUGGAUCAAUACGCGGAAGAGGGCGUUAAUUUAGAAACGAGGGUAGCAAGAGAUGCGUUGAAGCCUGUAGGCGAGAAGAAGAGGGAGGCGCAAUUGCAGAUUGAAGAGGGAAAGGACGUGUAUGGGAAGAGGAAGAUGGGGAUGGAGAAGCUUAAGAAGUAA